GGAGAGAGCAGAGCAGAGAGGCUUCAGCUGUUCACAGAUCAGAUGAGAGACCUGACACACAAACACACCUGAUGAAGAAAACUCCCUGAAACACACCUCACUCAUUCACACUUCUCCUCUCACUUCAGCUCCGUGAGCCGCCACAGCUCCUCCUGAGCACGAAGAUGACACUUGAUGUUUGUCUUGGCUCGGGUUUGGACGCGUUACGCGCAGAGAAAACCUCAAAGUUCGUCCGUUUUUCUCAAGCGCAGAGCUCUGAAACGUGUCCGCGCACUGCUGAAAGUUGUUUUGGAGCUGUGUGUGUGACAUUUUGAAGACUUUUACGAGGUGAAACAAACUGCGACAAAGGCUCAGGAAUAAGAAAGGUCCGCUGUUCCCACAAGACACCCACCGACUCUUCCCCCUCUUUCCUACGACCAGGCAGGCAGGCAGGCAGAGCGGAGGACAGCCGGGGACCGGAUGCCUUUCUCGGAUGGAGAGCCGGCGGCGGUGCCCGUGUGAGAGAGGGAGAGAGUCCGGAGCUCCUGCACCGGGAGGCGACAACACACACGGGGCUGCCCGUCUGCCUUUUUAAAUCGGUGAUAAUAAUCACCUCCUAGAUCCACUGAUCCAUCGAUCCCAUUGACUGUUGAGUGGGAGGAAUAAAGAAAAGGGGGAGAGACCGCGCGCACCGGAGACACCGGGACCAUGAUCCGGAGCUGCACGGGGGUGCACGGAGGUUAUCUGUGAAGGAUAGAACCGAGAAGAAGAAGAAGAAAAAGAAGAAGAAGAAGAAAUAAGAAAGGUUUGUGCUCGUGCACUCACUCAUCCCGUUCAUUGAUCCAUUGAUUGGUGACUGUUUGUUUUGCGCACCGGGACCAUGAUCCGGAUUUGUUUGAGAGUUAUAUCUGAAGGUUAAAGAAGAAACUCUAAAGAAACAACAAACUAUCAGAUUGUUGUUUGUCUUCUGCUGCUCCAUCGAUACCUGAUUAUCGAUCCCAGUUACCGGUGACUGGUCUGCGCUGGGAGGAAGGAGGAGACGCGGAGGAGGUUGUUAAACUAGACGCGGAGGGAGCGCAUCGGAGACGUCCAGGGGGGUUGGUGGACCAUGAUCAGGAUCUUCCCGGAUUUCAGCGUCCAGGUGACGGCUUCGGCAGGCGGUGGACCCGGGGCUGGAAGUGGUGGUGGAGGAGGAGGCGGAGGAGGAGGCGGCGGGAUGGUGACCGGACCCUCGGUGGGUCGGGUGCCGGUCCCCGGAGCCACGAACGGGACCCCGCAGAGCGUGCAGGGAAUCACCGCCUACCAGCAAAGUGACCCCUACUGGGAGCGGCCGGCUAAUGCAGGCAGCUGCUCCGCCGCCCGGCCCAAGACCCUUCACCUGGCCGGCCAGCAGCAUACCUCCUCACCAUGGUUGCAGGCUCUGAGGAAGGAGAAGUCACGAGACGCGGCACGAUCGCGGCGGGGAAAGGAGAACUUUGAGUUUUAUGAGCUGGCAAAGAUGCUGCCACUGCCGGGCGCCAUCACCAGCCAGCUUGACAAGGCCUCCAUCAUCCGGCUCACCAUCAGCUACCUGAAGAUGAGGGAUUUCGCCAACCAGGGAGACCCGCCAUGGAACCUGCGCAUGGAGGGACCGCCGCCCAACACCUCCGUCAAAGCUAUCGGUGCCCAGCGAAGGAGGAGUCCCAGCGCCGUCGCCUCGGAGAUCUUCGAGCCUCACCUGGGCAGCCACAUUUUACAGUCUCUGGACGGGUUUGUAUUUGCACUAAACAAGGAGGGACGCUUCCUCUACAUCUCCGAGACUGUCUCCAUCUACCUGGGAUUGUCACAGGUGGAGCUGACUGGCAGCAGUGUCUUCGACUACAUCCACCCUGGCGAUCACGUGGAGAUGGCGGAGCAGCUCGGCAUGAAACUUCCUCCGGGCCGGGGAAUGUCUCUGUCCCAGGGAGCCGUCAACGAAGACGGGGCGUCCUCGGCUUCGUCAUCGUCGCACUCCGAGACGCCCGAACCAGUGGAGUCCAGCAGUCCGAGUCUUCUGGCUCCUGACAACACUCUGGAACGAUCCUUCUUCGUCAGGAUGAAGUCGACGCUCACAAAGAGAGGAGUGCACAUCAAGUCCUCAGGAUACAAGGUGAUCCACGUCACGGGGCGUCUACGCAUCAGGAUGGCUUUGACGCACAGCCGCUCUGUGCCCAAUCAGAUCAUGGGGAUGGUGGUGGUGGCUCACGCCCUCCCGCCGCCCACUAUCAAUGAGGUUCGCAUUGACUGUCAAAUGUUCGUCACCCGAGUCAACAUGGAUCUCAAGAUCAUCUACUGCGAGAACAGGAUCAAUGACUACAUGGACCUGACUCCGGUGGACAUUGUGGGGAAGAGGUGCUACCAGUUCAUUCAUGCUGAAGACGUGGAGGGAAUCAGGCAGUGUCACCUGGACUUGAUGAACAAGGGUCAGUGUGUGACAAAGUACUACCGGUGGAUCCAGAAGAACGGUGGUUACAUCUGGAUCCAGUCCAGUGCCACCAUCGCCAUCAACGCCAAGAACGCCAACGAGAAAAACGUCAUCUGGGUCAACUAUGUCCUCAGUAAUCCAGAGUACAAAGACACGCCCAUGGACAUCGCCCAGCUGCCCAACCUGCCUGAGAAAACCUCUGAGUCUUCCGAAACCUCCGACUCUGAGUCUGAGUCCAAAGAAAACUCUGACAAUGAGAACGCCAAGUCUGAGGGGAAGCCAGGCCACCAAUCAGAACGCAGUGAGGACCCGGAGACAGACAGUAAGCGUCAGCAGCAGCCCAGCCAACCACACUGCUCCUCAGAACAGGAGAUGAAGCGUCAGGAAGAAGGAGACAGCUCGAGUAACCCAGAGAGCCAGGACAGUGACGAUAGCCUGGAACCUUCAGAUGGAGAGGGGGAGGAGCAGGAGGAGGCAACCGGGGGAGGAGGUGGAGGAGGAGGUGGAGGAGGAGGAAGGCUGGCGAGGUUAGCAGGACUGGGAGGGUUAGGGGGACUGGGCACUAUCAGUGGACUGGGUAAUCUUGGUGGUCUUCAUAUUAAGGUAGAGCACUACGGAGAAGGUGAAGAAGUACAGUUGCACAACUCUCAAUCUUCUUCAUCAGAGGAGGAGGAAGAAGAGGAGGAUGACGAUGAGGAAGAGGAUGGAGGCGUGCAAGAAUGUGACAGUGCCAAUGCCGGAGGCAAACUCCAGAAGAGACGGAAGAGGAGGAAAGUGCAGAAAUGGGACGGAUCUCGAAGUAGGAGGGUCCGUCUCUCCUCAACCACCCCCAGCCCUGUUGCCAUGGGAGAUACCACACCGCUGGUUGACCCCUCCCAGGCCACAUCUGCCAGCUCCUCCCACCUCCUCGCCUCCUCCGGCUCGCCAAACAGCGCAGGUGCAACAUCCUCUGUCCUGAAAAUCAAGACAGAGAUGGCAGAACCGAUCAACUUCGACAACGACAGCAGCAUCUGGAACUACCCACCCAACAGGGAGAUUUCCCGAAACGAGUCCCCGUACAGCAUGACCUCCAAGCCGGCUGCUCCAGGGAGCCAUGAGACCUUUCCCUCACCGCAGGGAGGCUCUCUCCAAGUAGCCAUUCCCGACUCCGUCCUUACUCCUCCUGGAACAGAGGGAGGAGCAGGAGGAGUGAGGAAGCCUCCUUACAAUGGAAGCUCGGCCCCGUCCUCCGCUUCCAGUGCUGCGAGUUUAGCUCCGCCCUCCAGCGCCUCCUCUGCCGACCCCCUAUCCCCUCCUCUCUCUGCCUCCCCAAGGGACAAGCAACAAGGCACCCCCACCACCUCUUCUUCCUCCUCUUCCUCAUCCUCCUCGUCCUCAUCAAGCUCUUCCUCUACACUGCUGUACUCUGGCGAUCUUGAGGCACUUCAGCGUCUGCAGGCCGGUAAUGUGGUGCUCCCGUUGGUCCAUCGGGUCACGGGAACUUUGGCCUCCACCAACACGACGGCUCCACGGGUCUACACCACAGGAACCAUCAGGUAUGCACCGGCGGACGUCACCCUGGCUAUGGCGCAAGGCAACCUCCUCCCCAAUGCUGCCAUGAACUUUGUAGACAGCUCGGGGUUCGGCCUGGACCCUAAGACGCCCAUGGAGAUGCUCUACCACCACGUCCACAGGCUCAACAUGUCGGCAGCAGCAGCCGCUGGCCCGUUUGUUGGAUCUCCUGCCGCCACAGGUGCGAAUGGCACCCUGGGAGGCCAGAUGCCGUCCGCAGCCAAUGUUUUCACCACAGCAGAGGGACUUUUCUCGACACUACCGUUCCCUGUGUACAGCAACGGGAUCCACACCACGCAGACGACUCUGGAGAGGAAGGAGGAUUAACGCAAAAUGUUCAAGACCGCAUUACUGUGUUUCUGGAAUCGACAACUGUGUCAAACUAAAAGACUGCUCACUAGUAACAAAAUAAAAAGAAAGACUAUUUACUUGCUACUUUUAUCAACACAGCACUGUGUUUCCGAGAGGGGAGAAAGGACAGGAAAGGAUGACAAAUGUACUCUAGCACUUUGAAUCUGAGCAACUGAGCUUGUGUAAUAGACAUGAAUGACCCUCAAACAUGUCCCCCUUUUUCUAUCUUUUAUCUCUCCUCUUCUUCCUCUUCAUCCUGUCCUCCUCUCUCAGUCUCUCUGCUCCUGUUCCUUGCGAUCAGCAAUGUUUUUUCCUCUCUUGAACAAAUGAACAAAAAAAAAGACUAUUCUUUAUUGUAAAGAAUCCCUUUUUUUGCCUACAGAGAAUUCAUAUUGCCUAAGGACUCCGCUGGAGCCUGACGGGGAUAAUUUUUAUUAUUUGACUUUUUUCUGUUGCAUCUUUAUGAAGAUGCUGAUUGUGUGUAUUUAAAGGAGGACGGUACAGGGAUUUGUAACGGACAGAAAACUCUAUGUGGCACUCCUCCGUAUUGUAUCUUGAUGUGAUCAAGGCUUGAAAAAGAAAAGUUUUUAAACUGAGAAGAGGGGAGCUCUCAAAGGUCUCAGAGUUAAUAAUCUUUUGAAAAAAGGUUUUUGAGGACGUUUCUCGAUUGAGGGAAUAGUUUAGAGAAUUAAUUCUUUCAUUUCUUCCUUUUUUUUAUAAAAUAUUCUAGCUCAGAUUUAACUUACGAAUCAAGCAUUACGAAGAAAAACAAAAAAAAGCAAUUUCAGCCGGGUAAUGACCUGUGAAUUAUCGAAUGUUACUACUUCCUCUUUUAUCCCAGGAGUUUACCUACAGGUCUCGCACCAAACAUAACCUCCUAUACAUCUUCUUUCCAUCUCGAUCUGUGGUUUCUCUCUCUCUCUCUAUCCUACCUGAUCUUUAAUCUUCACGUCUACAUUUCUACCUGUCGAUCUAUAGAUUCAUGGUGCUACCGACCGUCCAGUAACCCUGAUUCAGCUGGCUGAUGUGGGUGCUGUAAACGAACCCACAGCUCGUUGACAGACUGAUCGUCGUGUUCGUUUUCUUUGGAGGGGGAACGAUUUUUUCUUUUUCCUCAUCUGACCUUCAGGAAAGUCAGAACCACAGCAAGAACCUUAGAACCUCUAAAUCAACAUCUCUACUUUCACUCUUUACAUCCCCUCCUUUGUUUGUCUGAGAAAAUCUGAUUGGGCCACGAGGGGCAGCUCCGCAUAGAUACAUGGAGUUGAUUGGGUGAAUUUUAGACUUCAUAGUUUUUUUGUAUUUUCUAACUCAAUCACUUUUAAUUCUCAGUGAGACUGAGGCUAAUACACUAGUGUCACUAACUUGAUAAAUGAAUGUUGAAAACCUCGACCGGCUCCUGUUUGACUACUUUGUGUUUUCCUCCUCCUCCUCCUCCUCCUCCUCUUCUUCUACGUCUUCUUCCUAAACCAGAAUCACCUCCACAAAAACAAUCCACUCUCUUCCAUCUCAUCACCGGACCCUGUGAUUAUAAAAAAAAAACAAAAAAAAAAACACAUAUCAACAAGGAGAUUGUAAUAAAGACAUGCAUUUUCAAUCAAAUCUAUCAAACAAUCAAUCCAAUAACUACGAAAAAAAUAAAGAUUUUUUUUGAGGAAGAGAAAAAAAAAUCACAUUCCUUUAAAAUGUCGUCUUUGUCGUCGUUUCGUGUUUUUUUUUCUUCCCCAGCCUCCGUUGCCAAAAAAAAAAAAAAAAAAUUUGGUGUUUUUUAAAAA